AUGAUAAACUUCCUUAAGCAGACUGAUUAAAAAGACAAUUAUUUGAAAAUUUCUUAAUUAAACUUGACCAUGGCAAUUCACUAAUUUUUUAAAUUAUUAGAGCUGAAGUAGUAUGGUAUCAUUUUAGUUGAAUGGCUAAGCCAUUAAUUUAGAAGUAAUAGUACUUAUUGAACGUAUAGAUCCAAGCCCCUAUUGA